CACACAGACACACAACUCAUCACUCCCGCACCGUCGCCGCAGGCAGAGACAAGAACACUGCUUGCUCCACCUACCAAUCCUUCCGUCCAUCCAGCCAGCCAGCAAUUUGAUUCGUACCGAAACGGAGGAAUUUUUCUUCUUUCUUCCUUCCUUCCGCCGCCCGGGAUCGAUCGCAUUGAACUCGCUCUGAUCAAGGAGAAGGGACAGAAAAAAAAAAAGGAGAAUCUUGGUGCUGAUACAUUCGCGCAUACAUAUCGGCAUACGCGUUUCAGUCUUGGUGUGGUGCUGCUGGUGUGGUGGGAGGUGGGAGAUGGCCUAGCGGCGAGAUGGGAAGCAGCUGGAUCUCCAUUGGGUUGCAGCUGCAAGGUAAUUGACUGUGAUAGAUUGUGACACUUGUUUGUAACUCAAACUACUCUGGCUGUGAUUUAUAAACGAUCGGAGUUUCUUCCAAGUGUGAAAGGAGCUCUGCUCGGCUAGCUUGUUGGAAUAAUGGAAGAAACAUCGCCAACCAAUACAAGGCGGAAAUAUUCAUGGUGGUGGAACAGUCAUAUCUGCCCAAAGAACUCAAAAUGGCUCCAAGAAAAUCUGACAGAUAUGGAUAGCAAAAUCAAGAUGAUGAUCAAGAUCAUUGAAGAAGACGCUGAAUCAUUUGCAAAAAGAGCAGAAAUGUACUACCGAAGGCGUCCUGAGCUGAUGACCUUGCUUGAGGAGUUGUACCGUGCAUACCGAGCAUUAGCAGAAAGAUAUGAUCAUGCAGCCGGUGAACUCCGACAGGCCAAUCGUAAGAUCGCGGAAGUAUUUCCUGAGCAGGUUCUGAUGGACUUGGAUGACGAUCUCCCAGCUGAAACUGCUUCUGUGGAAACUGAUAUGGACAAUCCAGACAUGGCUCCAUAUUUCCUCUCUUUCAUCAAUGGUAGUGAUUCAAGAAAGCAUGCUAAAGACAACCAGGAUAACGAGCGGCUGCAGAAGGAACUAGCAAGUUUAUCUGAGGAAAACCAAGAUCUCAAGAGUAGAAUUUCAUCAUUGUUAGAGCAGACUAACAAGGCUGAGUUGGAGGUUGUUUGCCUCAAGGAGGCACUUGCACAACAAAAUGCAGAGAAGGAAGCUGUGGUUUUGCAAUGCCAACAAUCAACUGCUAGAUUACAUAACCUCAAGUCUGAAAUAUUGCAUACACAGGAGAAGUUCAACAGACUGAAAGAGGAAAUGCAAAGUGGAUUCCAGCCUUUAACCACAGGUGAUGAACAUUCCGCUCUUGUUGAAAAAGCAAACCAGGAGAUGCAUUUGGAGCUGAAUAGGCUGAAACAUAUGUUGAAACAGAAGCAUGAAGAGCUAAACGAGAAGCAAGCUGAGUUGGAAAAGCUUAACAUCUCUACAGAGGAGGAACAUCUCAAGUGCAUGCAAGCAGAAAUGGCUCAGCUCUCUUUGGAGAAACAGUUAAUACUUGCUCAGGACAAACUGAGGCUUUUGGCUCUUGAAGUAAGCAAGGCAAAGGACACUGAAACAGAAAAGGUUGUGCUUGAGAAGGAAUUGGAGAAAAUUCAAAAACAGAACACAAGUUUGAAUGAUCAAAUUCACUCUUCCUCAUCUGUGAUAAUUCGCCUGCAGGAUGAGAUAAUUACGAUGAAGAAUGCACAACAGAAACUUGAGGAAGAUGUUUGUCGACACGUUGAUGAAAAGAAGACACUUCAAAAUGAACUUUAUCACCUUAAGGAGGAUAGGAGUGACUUGGAGAAGAAACACUUUUCAAUGAAGGAGCAAAUACAGGCUGUGGACCUGAAUGUAGAAUCACUACAAGCACUCGUACAAGAAUUGAAGGAUGGAAAUGUUGAGUUGAAAGGGAUAAUAAGAAACCAUGCAAGCACAGAUGUUCUGCAUAUCGAGAGCAUGAAGCGCCUGGAGAGGAUGUCAGAGAAGAAUGCAUUUUUGGAGAAGUCUUUGUCAGCUGUGACUACUGAGCUCGAAGUAUUGAGGGAAAAGAAAGCAGAAUUGGAAGAAUCAUGCAAGCACCUUAGUUCCAAGAUUUCCAGUCAUCAGUCUGCGCAAGCUGUGCUUGUCGCGCAAAUUGAGGCAAUUUCUCAGACCAUGGCAGAUCUAUUUGAGAAGAAUGUAUUCCUGGAGAAUUCAUUAUCUGAUGCUAAUGCUGAACUUGAGAGCUUGAGAGGGAAAUUAGAAGAUCUCAAAGAAUCUUCAGAGGCAUUGCACAAUCAGAAUUCUGCACUUCAACAUGAGAAGAGUACUCUGGCCUAUCAGGUUGAUAGAAUCAGUCAUACCCUGUUGAAUUUGGAAGCACAGUACACAGAGCUAGAAAGGCGACACUCUGAUCUACAAGAAGAGAAAAACUCAGUACUUGACGAGGUGAUCAAGUUACAGGAACAGAUAAGGCUUGAAAGGAAGGAGCACAAUGAUCUUGAACACUCUAGAAAGUUUCAAUUUGAUGCUCUAUGCAAGAAAAUCAACCUAGUGUCGCAAGAAGGCAGGAAUAGAGAGGAACAGCUUGAAGAGGAGGAGCAAAACAUUGUAAAAGCUCAGAUAGAAAUAUUCAUCUGGAAGCAGUGUUUGGAAGAUAUCGCAGAAGCAAAUUCAGAUUUCUCAGCACAACUACAAAUGAAGCAAGAAAUAUGUCAAGUUCUGGAGGAGAAAAUGGAGUACUUGUCCGACAAUAAUCAGAAGCUAACUAAAUGGAUUGGUUCGGUGCAGAAACUCUUGCAUCUGGAGGAGAAGUAUGAGUCCUUAGACCAAAUGAAGCUUGAUAGCAUUGUUCAUCUCAUCUUGCAUGAGAUCAACUGCCUUCUGAACACUAUAUCUGAUGCUCAGGAUGUGAAACAGAAUGAACUUGUUGAGAAGUCACUUGUUGUCACACUCUUGGAACACUUUGGACAAGAGGUGGCUGAUCUGAGGUCAGAGAGGAACAUCCUGAAGCAAGAUCAGCAAGCAAAGAGCGAGGAAUUGCUCCACCUUCAGAGAGAAAAUAAGGAACUUGUGAAUAUCACUAAUGAGUUCUGGGAAGAAAUGGAGACUCGUAAUCGCAAGGUGGAUGAGCUAAGGGCAGAAGCAAAGUUCUUGGUCGGACAGUUGGCAGAACUGCAAGACUCUCGGAGGUCAUUGCAAAGUGAGAUUGUCAAGCUCAUUCAAGAAAAUUCUUUGCUUUCCAAUGAACUAUAUGAUUCCAGAGAGAAAGAGAGGGUUUUCGAAGAUGAUAUUAGCAUUCUAAUCAGUGAGGUAAUCAGCAAAGAUAUUCUUGCUGUGGUCUUUAGAAGCCUUCAUGAAGAGAGAACGUUGCAAUUGGAGUCUUUGCACAGUGAUUUUGCACAACUCCAGGCAGCAGGCAGUGGGCUUUAUCAGGACAUCAAGAUGAUGAACAUGAAGUUUGAGCAUUUAGAAAAAGAAAGUAACGAGUGCAACAAAGAACUCAGUAGAACUAUAAGUAUUUGUAACUCGACUAGUACAGAAAAUGCUAUAGGAAGAGGUGAUCCGGCGCAAAGGGACACCAAUCUCCCGAAUUCUGAAAGGAGCCAACAGGAAUACCAUGUAAACUUGGAAAUGGGCCACAUAGAGGUUGACAUGGCUGGGCUUGAGAAAUCAAAUGAAAUGUUACAAGAGGAAGUACAUAAAUUGCAAAGUGAAAUGAAAGUUCUUAGAAGCAAGGAAAACUCUGUAAUAGACAUCAAAUCUUGUGAUGAAGACAUCAAAAGAUUGCUGGCUAACAUGCAAAUGGCCAUCAUGAAUGCGGCUCUAUUCAAGGAGAAGGUCCUUGAGCUAAUAAUAACAUGUGAGAGUUUUGAGAUAAGCACUAUGGUACAGAAGGAGGUGCUCAAGGAAGAGAUUACCCGUAGGAACUCGUAUGUAGAUGAGCUGAAGGACAAGCUAAAUGCUGUUGAGAUUGAGAACAGAAGGCUGAAAGUUGAUUUGAACGGAGAUUUUACAGUGUUGGGGUCAUUGCAGAAUGAAGUCAGUGCCCUAGAAAAACAAACCUUAUCCCUUGCCAAUGAUUGUUUGCAAUCGAAUAAGCUCGGGAUGGAGGAAAAUGCAUUAUCAACUCAGGUUUUGAAGACCAAUAUGAGAUCCAGUGAUGAUCAGAAUGCAGCAAGGACAGUGAAAGACAUGGAGCUGCAGAAAUUGCAUGGGACCAUCAAAGCACUCCAAAAGGUUGUCACAGACACUGCUGUCCUUCUUGAACAAGAGAGGCUCGAUUUUAAUGCCAAUCUGCAAGAAGCGAGGAAGCAAAUUGAGGUGCUGAAGCUCAAGGAGAUUUUGGAUGAUGACUUAAUUGAAAUGAAUUACGAGCAAAUGCUGAAAGACAUACAGCUUGACCUCAUCCAAAUUUCUUCAGGUUAUAAAGUUGGUUCCCUUGGUCAGGCCAAUAAAACUGUAGCACAGAUAGAUGAGAAGAUGCUUGAAUCUCAUGGCACCAUUGGAGCCAGCAGUAGCCAUAUGCGCAAUGAUUUGAGACCACCACAAAGUGAGUCAUUUGAGAGGGACAACUGCAAAAAGCAUCCCUCCGAGCUGAUUUUUGUGAAAGAACUCAGCAUUGACAAGCAAGAGUUACCAAGGUCAGUCACCAUGGAGCCACACCAAGAGUGGAAGAACAAGGUAAUUGAAAGAUUGGCGUCUGAUGCACAGAGACUCAAUGCCCUCCAAUCCAGUAUUCAGGAGCUCAAAACAAACACGGAGGCAUCCGAAGGGCUCGAGCUUGAGAGCGUUAGGUACCAAAUAAGAGAAGCUGAGGGUUUCAUCAUGCAGCUCAUGGAUAGCAACAGUAAACUGUCCAAGAAGGCUGAGGAGUUCACAUCUGCAGAUGGUCUUGAUGGGGACAACAUUGACUUGAGGAGCAGACACCAGCGCAAGAUCAUGGAGCGCGCGAGGAAGAUGGCAGAGAAGAUUGGGAGGCUUGAGGUGGAAAUGCAGAAGGUCCAUGAAGCUUUGCUGAAAUAUGAGGAGCAGACUAGCAUAAGAACAUCAAAAACCAUGCACCGGCGAUCGAAAGUUCAGCUAGUAGAUUUUCUCUAUGGUAGAAGGCAGGACAGUCGAAAGCAACAGCGAUGUUCGCCGUGUGGUUGCUUGAAAUCAAAAACCAUUGAUGACUAACUCGCCUUCAAUGCCGCUUCUUUUUUAAGGCAAAAUGGAAGGCUAAGCUUUUCAGCUUCAGAACUAUAGCAAGUCAUCUGCUGUUCAUGGUUUCUUAGGUAAAUAAGUGGACAUGUAAGGAUUGUAAAUGGUAGUCAUUGACAGUUCUUUUUUUCUUCUGAAACCAUAUUGACAAUAACCAUCUGUUAUAAAUGCUAUUUCUUAGCUUGUAAAAUUAAGGCCAACAUUUGUUGCUUGUAGUUUCUGGUCAUGUUCCAUUGAUUUCUGUAAAGGGAACAUGAUAAUGUUUUUUUUUUCUGUAAGGAAGAGGGGUUAUAAAUAAUUAUUUGGAGAACCUGUUUUGU